AUGCUAUGGCGAGCUUCGAAGUCGCCAUGGCUCUCGCGGGCUCUGACAAUCUCGCGGAAGUCCAGCUCUGAAAUAUUGGCACGAGCCUCACCUAGCCUCCGUCACACCCGCUGUCUUUACGAGCAGACAAGCAAAGCAGGAGUGUCUCCUGCACCCGUCUCGCUGCAUCAUGCGACCCUCGAAGAUAAUAGGAAAGAGUAUGAGUCCGAACAAAGCAAUGCAGUGGUCAAAAUUAGGGGCUUGGUCCGCAGCGUGCGGAAACAGAAAAAAGUAUCGUUCGCACGAGUCGCAGAUGGAUCUACAUUGGGCAGUGUACAAGCUGUGUUUCCCCAUCCAAACAUGGCCAAAGACAUUACCAACGGAGCGUAUGUGUCCUUGAUUGGGAGAUGGGUAGCGUCGCAAGGCGCAGGCCAGAGUCACGAACUACUAGUGCAAGAGAUAGAGACGAUAGGAGAGAGCAAUCCUCUGGAGAAUCCGAUACAGAAGCAGUCUAUGACUGCUGACUUCCUGCGAAGUGUUCCCCAUCUUCGUAUGCGGACUGGUUUCCAGUCGCUCUUGGUUCGAGUCCGUAGCCAUCUCACUGCCGCCGUCUCUUCACAUUUCCACAAUGGCUCGAGCCCAGUUUAUCAGGUCCAUCCACCCCUCAUCACGUCUUCAGAUUGCGAAGGCGCUGGAGAAGUCUUCACGAUAACUCCUCGGAGCAAAGAACAAGUUCCUAGGUUCACUCCUUUGAGUACCGUCCGAGAGCCAGAAAGAUUGUACUUUCGGGAUCCGAAAUACUUGACUGUCUCUUCCCAGUUGCACCUGGAAGCUUACUCGGCGCAGCUGGGAGAUGUCUUUGCUUUCUCACCUACCUUUCGUGCCGAGGAAAGUGAUACUCCACGACAUCUGGCGGAAUUUUACAUGCUCGAAGCUGAACAUCGCGACAUCAGUUUCGACGACCUCAUGGCAAAAGUGAGAGCUCUUGUUGUGGAUGUGACUGAAGCACUUCGAAAGCAUCGCACCGGCAAAGAACUACUGCAGUACUACGAGGACCAUAAGCAUCGUCCUGACGACGUCGAUUUUGUUGAUCUGGAAGACAGGUGGAACAGAUUGACUGGGCCAUGGCACAAAGUCGAUUAUACAUCGGCAAUCGACGCCCUAAGCAAGGCCUACGCGUCGGGUGGCGGGAGGCUCUUUACCAAGCAACCGCAAUGGGAUCAAGGUCUGCAACUCGAGCAUGAACGUUGGAUAGUCGAGAAUCUGACCGAGGGAAAACCCGCGUUCGUGGUCCGAUAUCCGAAGGCUAUCAAGCCUUUCUACAUGCUGCCUUCGUCCUUUCAGUCAUCUCAUCCUGGCCAGUCAUCAGCACUUGGGGACGCUGUUCCGUCUGCAAGCCAGGAAACAGUUGCUUGCUUUGACCUCCUGCUGCCGUUCGGCUACUGUGAAGUUGUCGGGGGAAGCCUCAGAGAGCACCGUCUCGAGAAUCUCAUCCAGAACAUGCGCGAGAAGGGACUCCUCAAGAGAACUGAGGAACUCAAUGGCAACGGCUACCCUUUCCUCCAAACUGGUGAAAGUCUUGGAAGUAUGAAGUGGUAUGCGGAUCUCAGACGUUUUGGCAGCAGUCCGCAUGGUGGCUAUGGUCUGGGGUUUGAUCGACUGCUAGCCUAUUUGACCGGCGUGACGAACGUCAGGGACGUGGUUGGAUUUCCGCGGACUUGGGGGCGAGCGGAUUGUUGA